GCACGGACUCCCCGGUGAUAGUCCUCGGUGGGGAAUGCUCAAGUUGCGGUAGGAAGGUAUGUACUGAUAAUAGAUGCAGUGUAUUCUACAAGAAAAGAUACUGUCGGGAGUGUAUUAUGAAGGAUCCUCGCAACCUAGACCUGCCACCUCCUCUGUUGAAGGCUAUGAGGGGAUGA